UAAACGAUUAAGUAUUUUCAUCGGUAAUAGCCUAUAUAAAUAUGAGACACCAAUAACCAUCCUCAGUAUCUUUCUCGACUUUGCACCGGCCGCUAUGAUGGACCAAGUACGCAAAUUGUUCACUAAACGGGCGGCUGUAUACCCUCACGAUUACAUAACAGUCCGAGCAUAUAAAUACUUCAGAAGUUCUUACUUAAUGUCUGGUAUUUUAGGCUACAAUUUCUUUCCUUUUACGAUUUUUAAGUCGAGAUUCAUUAGAAUUAUUUUUACAAUUUACGCUUUGUCCGUCUCCAUUGGAUUUUCAUAUCUGGUACUGAGAUAUGUGAAAUACCUAGACCGUUCGCCAUAUGUUUACAUAGCUGCAGAAUACAUUACUACUGUAAUAUUGCUGCUCUUUAUGAAUGCUGAUAAUCGAGCUCAAUUUUUAAGGAGCCUAGAGUUGAUUGAUGAUAAACUCCAUGUUGACGGGUCGUAUUAUUACCGAAUACAGAGAAUAACUCAAGUCUUCGUUAUAAUCGCUAUACUUAUAAGAUUUUUUUAUUCAAUGGCUGUAUGUUUUUCAUUCAAACUGAACUGUGACGAAUCUCCUGUAAUCGUCUUCACCUCAGGAUUCAUUUUAAUUGCCGUAGACGCAAACCAAAUACCACGUUUAAUAACGUUUUUCAUGAUCAAAUUUAGGGUAUCCCUUUUAAGGAAGAAAAUAGAGAAUUUGUUUAAAAAUACUGCUAUAUCUGUGAUUGACACAAAAGAUAAAAGAAAAAGUCUCCUUUUAUAUCAAGACAUUUAUGAGGAUAUUCUUGACUCCGUCAGUAUCAUCAGCAAUCAAAUCGAUCCUUUCGUGAGUAUAUUAUUAUUUUAUUCUUUUAUAAAUUCCUGCUAA